GGUUGUCAAGGGACGGAUUUUAGUUUACGGAACUCCUAGCAUUUUCGCUAAAAUAUAUAUUUGUUCCUUAUUACCUUUCACUUUUAUUGUACUUUUGGUUUGGGGGUAUGUUUGUGUGAUUUUAAUGCUGGAUUUUAUCGACUAAGCAACACUUGGUGUUUGUGUUUGGAACGAAAGCGAAGAGUUUCUGAUGCUAGCCGCAUAAGUUGCAUCUAUAAUGGCAAGAGUUCCUCCUGGAGCAUUUAUUGUCCCUGACUGGCAUCGAUGUAAAGAUAGCAAAGAAUACUUCAACAAAAUUAUACAUAAGAAGAAUCGGAAGAAUUUUGGUCUGUUGGAGUCUCCUGUGAUGCCCCCACAUGCAGCCGUGGAUACACUUGAUUAUAAGAUUUUCAUCUCUGGUAAGAGUGGAGUUGGAAAAACAGCUCUCGCUGCACGCCUUGCUGGUCUAAAUAUUCCUAGUGUGCACCAUGAAACCAUAGGGAUUCAGACAACAGUGGUGUACUGGCCUGUGAAGCUGAGGGAAAAUGGCAGAGUGCUUUUCUUUCGUCUGCAGUUGUGGGACUGUGGAGAGAAUGCCUUACGCAGAUUUGACCAUUUGCUUCCAUCCUGUAAGGAACAGGUGGACGCUGUCCUCUUUCUUUUCUCCUUCACUGACAGGACAUCCUUCCAAGAUUUGUCAAAUCAAAUUACUAAAUGGGCAGAGUCAACUGACUGUCUUGUCAAAGUGGUGGUUGGGACAAAGUUUGACCUCUUCAUGCACUGCGACGUAGCAGAGAGGGAUGUCAGGAAGUUCCAGGAGACAUGGAGGUUACCGGUGUUCCACUCAGGUGGGGAGGUCAGCGAUGGGCUGGGUGACGUAGCCCCCAUACUCAACUGUCUCGCAGAGAACUUGUGGCAUCAGGACUGUGUCAGAGCUGGAGCAGCUGGAGCUGGAGCAGCUGGUCGGCAACAGCAGCACGAGACAUGGACUCUACCUUAAAGAUCCCUGAUCAAAGUCAUUUUGGUAUAGGAUCGUCAAAAGGGGGGUGACCGGAAUCUCCUAACAUACAGUGACGACAAUGGGAGCAGCAAUAUAAUGGAUAUUUUGUGCUUAAAAAAAAAGAUACAAUUUCAAGGCAAAACUCAUUUCAUGCAUUCAUGGACAGUUUUUUUUUUUUGCUUUAGAGUUAGCUUUCAAAAUAAUAAAAACUGCAGUUGUAACUGCUGCCUGUGCAGCUUUUCUGACCUCUGACCCUUUGAAUACUUAAGAGUCAACAGUAAUUGGUCUCCUGAUCUCUUCCCAAUUUUUGUGGAGACUAUAGCAAAAAUUCCACAUUGCAAAUCUUCGAAGUCUUGUCACAUUAUGGCUUUAGCAAGUUAUAAUUUGAGAUUAAACUCUACCCAUUAUUGGGCUAAGUGAUGAAGUCAGGUCUUAAAUUAACACGCUGCCAUAGAUGCUUCAGGAGCCACACACACCUAAUUUCAAUGUUUAAGUUUCUGUCUUGCAAUUUCAAUGACCCAUCAUGUCAAACUAAAAAGCUGUUCAAGUGGAAAAUAAAUAGUUCAGCAAAAUAUCUGAUGUACAUUGACAAUAGCAUUUGACAAAAUGCAUCAUCUGUUACUGGUUUUCAUAACACAUCACACUGUUAAUGAUUUCAAGACGUAAAUCACUUUGAAUUACCUUGUUGCUGAUGCAUGCAAUACAAAUAAACUUGAUCGAGGAGAGGCCAAGCUUCAGUCCU